AUGGACGGCAACCCUUUCGGCCGUCAUCAUGGCCACAGCCGGCGGGGUGCAUUUCCCUUCGAUCCACAACCUUUGGAAGUAAACGACGAUUUCUCCGCUCCCUGGCCGCCCGCUCCCGUCAGCGGCAUCGCCGGCGUUUCCCCCGCUGCCGCUUCCGCUGCAGUUUCAAUCUCCCACUUCCUCCCCACUCACUUCAACCCCCCGGAUGCUUCCGCCUUCGGCGCAGCCGCGAAUUCCCCCGCGGACCGUUCCGCUGCUUCCGCGCAGCCCUUCCUGCGCAAUGAGGCGCAGCUUCCCGCGCCUUCCGCGCCUCUUGCGCCUUCCGCGCCGUCUCCCGCAGCUGCGCUUGAGUUCGCGUUGCUAGAAUCGCAGCUGCUGUCCGCAGUGGCGCAUCAAUCGUCGCAGCAGCAAGUGUCGCAGCAAGCGACGCAUCAGCCGUCGCAGAGCGUGUAUGACGAAGAGCAAUUCACUUCGGCAGAAGCAGGUUUGGGACUUGUAGGUUCGGAGGCAGCGGACCUGUCACUUGUGGGCUCGGCAGUAGCAGGUUUGGAACUAGUAGGUUCGGCAGUGGCAGGCUUGGCAUCGGACGGAGCAGACGCAUUCGAUUUGGAUGCGGUUGAGGUGGCUCGGUUGGGGGGAGAUGAAGCCGAGGAGGAGGGUGGAGAGGGAGAAAGGGAAGGAGAUGGGGAAACUGGAGGGGUGGUGGGUGGGAGAGAGAGCAGGAAGAGACGGCUGGAGGACUUAGGCCAGACAGAAGGAGAGGAGGAAUGGGGAGUUGAAGCUGAAUUCCAAGAGCUCUUAACCUGCAUCGAGACUUCCACUAACGAGGAUGCCAUCGCCAUGGUGCUCCUGCUGCUGCUGGAAGAGCAGCGCGCCGCCAAAGAAACCUCCUUCUUCCUGAAGCGCCUGCGGGUGAUUCGCUCCGAGUACCUGCUUCGCCACCACUCCCUCGUGCGUUCUAUCGAGCUCAACCUCCACCGGGACAUCGCAGACAACAACGCGAUCCGCCAGCAGGAGAUCCAACGGCUGAGGCGCGUCUGCAUGGCCGGCAUGACAGCUGGCGCCACGCUCUCGCAGCACCAGAUGGUCUACCGGAGGCUGUGGACGCGGCCACGCUCCCGCGCGUGGUGGGAGGAGUGUAUUGACCCAAAUUACCCCCCGGAAACGUUCCGAAAGACGUUCAGGAUGAGCCGAGAGACCUUCAUGGAGCUCUGUGACAUUCUGGGGCCGCUGAUUGUGAAACGAUCUACCAGAAUCAGGGAAGCGAUUCCUGUGGACAUCAGGAUUGGAGCGUCGCUCUGGCGCCUGGCCACUGCCGAGCCUCUCCAUUUGAUCUCCAGGAGGUUCGGGCUCGGCCAGACCACCGUGCAUUUCGUCUCAAAUGACGUUCUCAAGGCGCUGAACGAAGUUGUUCUGCCCAAGGUGGUUGUCUGGCCUGAGCCGGGCAGCACCCGGGCAAGUGAAAUUUCUUCCCAGUUUCUGGACCUGUGCGGGCUGGACCACGCUUCGUCUGUGGCACAGCAGCUGGGAAACGGGAAGCUGAUUGCAACUCUCUACACAACCCACCUGCCCAUCAACACGCCACGGUCCAACCUUGCAAAGUACCACAACAAGCAGCACACAGAGCGAUUCGCCCGCCCCUCCUACUCUAUAGCCAUGCAAACAGCCAUUGAUGCCAACGGGCAGUUUUUGGAUCUUUGCAUCGGGCUGCCCGGCGCGCUUUCUGAUGAUGAGGUGUUGCAGCAGUCGACCCUCCACCAGAAAGGACAAGCUGGGGAGCUUCAGGGAGCCAAGGUCAUUGGGUUACGGUCGUACCCGCUUCUGGAUUGGCUGCUGGUUCCGUACCCCCAUUCAGACAGCGCCACGUGGUAUCAGACCACGUUCAACGAGUGCAUAGAGAAGGGCACUGCGGUGGGGAAGGACGCGAUUGGCCGGCUGAAGGGACGGUGGCGGAUCCUGCUUCGGCGGGCUGAGGGGAAGCUGCAUGAGCUGCCGCGGUUGGUGGGGGCGUGCUGUGCACUGCACAACUUUCUGGAGCAGAAGGGAGAGGCGUUUGACCCUGACUGGGCGUAUGAGGCGUUUGAUGACUACGUGCCCGCCAGGCGAGCCGAUGACGAGUCCCCUGCUGCCGUGGCCGAGAGGGAUGAGUUGGCCCAGGGGAUGUUCCAGGCAGUGCACGGGUGGGAGGGCGACGCUGCCAAUGCGCUGUGA